AAAAUAUGGACUCUGAGGCUACUAUUCCUGAAAAGAUUAAAGGUGUCCUAGAGACAUGGUAUAAGGGAUAUGAUAGAGAUUCACCAGGUGGAAAAGAGGAGUUUGAUAGGUGGUUCAAUGCAAGUUCUGAAUAUGACCAAGAACUAACUGAGAAGCAUCAGAAAGAUCUUGAGGAGGUCGUAGCAGAUGAAGGACAAAGCUGGAGUGAGCAUGAAGAUGGAAGGCUAGCAGCAAUCAUUUUGAUUGACCAAAUGUCCAGGAAUAUCUACAGAGGAACUUCCAAGGCCUUUGAAAAUGACCACAUCGGCCUGAAACUAGCAAAGGAGUAUGUUGAUAGUGGAGACUGGGAGAACGCUAAAUUCUUAGAUAAGCAGUUCAUCCUCUUGCCUUUUGAACAUCAAGAGGAUGUCAAAGUUGCUCAAGAAUGUGUCGAGCUUGGUGAAAAAUUCCAAGAGAUGUACAAAUGCAGGAACUGCAAGUGGACCGACGGAAACUGUAUUACUUUCGUUGAAUAUGCAAAGAAGCACGUAGAUAUCCUGGAGAAGUUCGGGAGAUAUCCGCACCGUAACAAGGCACUCUGUAGGGAAUGCACUGAGGAAGAAAUAGAGUAUCUUAAGACAGCAGAAACUUUUAAUCAGAAUAAGUAA